AUGAGUCGGCAGUGCUACACGUCCAGCUCCCUCCUGGGACGAAGGGGCUUCUCAUCGGCCUCCGCCGUCGGCGGCCUCGGCCGGGGCAACAGCAGCUCGGCCUCCGGGUGCCAGCCCGUGGGGAGACGAUGUGGGAUCGGCGGCUUCAGCAGCCGCAGCGUGUGCGACCUGGGCAGAGGGCAGCGGAUUUCCUUCGGCGGGAGCUGCCGGAGCAGCGUCUACGGAGGCGCCAACGUGGGACGUUGCGGCGUGGCGUACGGCGGCGGCCGCUUUGGCGUGGGAACCGUCGUGGGGUUUGGGAACUGCGGAGGCUACGGAGGCUUGGGCAGCUAUAGAGGCCUUGGGGACGGCGUCGCCGUCGGAGGUUACGGCGGCGGCAUCGGCGGCAUCGGCAUCGGCCUCGCCGGGGGCAGGUCGGAAGGCAUCCGGGGCGUCAGCAUCCACCCGGAGCUCCUCAAGCCGCUCUGCGUAGGGGUCGACCCGGAGGAAUGCCAAGUGCGGACCCACGAGAAGGAGCAGAUAAAGAACCUCAACAACCAGUUUGCCUGCUUCAUCGACAAGGUCCGGCUGUUGGAGCAACAGAACAAGGUGCUGACCACCAAGUGGGAGCUGCUGCAGCAAUAUGUUCUCCCAGCUUCCCGAAGAAACCUGGAGCCGGUUUUCGAGAAUUACAUCUGCAACCUGAGGAAGCAGCUGGAGUGUGUCCUGGGUGAGCGCGAGAGGCUGGAAAAUGAGGAGCGGUGCCUGAGGGACCUGGUUCAGGAGUAUAAAUGCAAGUAUGAAGAUGAGAUCAACAAGCGCACGGCUGCAGAGAACGAGUUUGUGGUGCUCAAGAAGGACGUGGACUGUCUGUACCUGACGAAGGAGGAGCUGGAGGUGAGGGUGGGCCUGCUGCGGCAGCAGCUGGAGUUCCUCAAGUGCAUUUAUGCCGAGGAGAGAGCUCAGCUGGAUUGCCAGUUGUGCGACACCUCUGUCAUUGUGCAAAUGGACAACAGCCGGGACCUGGACAUGGAAGGCAUCAUCAAAAGCGUGGAGUGCUGCUAUGAGGAGAUUGCCCAGAAGAGCAAGGCUGAAGUGGAGGCUUUCUAUCAAACCAGACUGGAGGAGCUCCACAGCAGCAGAGGCAAGUUCUGCGAUGAUCUGAGGAACAACCAGAGCGAGAUAGCCGAGCUGAACCGGAUGAUCCAGAAGCUGCAGUGCGAGUCGGAUAAUGUGAAGAAACAGAUUUCAGCUCUGCAGACGGCCAUCUGCGACGCGGAGCAGCGGGGUGACUGUGCCCUCAAGGAUGCUCGGCAGAAGCUGAUCGACCUGCAGACCGCCCUGCAGCAGGCCAAGGACAAGAUGGCAUGUUUGCUGAGGGACUACCAGGAGCUGCUGAACGUCAAGCUGGCUCUGGACAUCGAGAUAGCCACAUACAGGACACUGCUGGAGGGAGAAGAGAGCAGGUAGGAUGCAGUUCCCCAUGGCACAUAG